ACAUUUUUCUAACUUAGUCUGCUUGUUAGCUCUUUCCCUGUUUCAGCUAUGCUUUCAUUCCCUUCCAAACUGUUUCACUUUCUCUUUGGCACCUGCUGGUUACUAUGUUCUGUGAAUCCUGAGGAGACUCCAAUCAUUGCGGGACACUUGAACACAAAACGCCGGUAUGAAGACGUAAAUCUCCAUCUCAUACAGGACAUUCUGGCAGUCAACAGAUCAGCUUUACCGCUGGCUUCGGAAACAUGUCAGGAAAUACAUUUAACAGCUAUCAUAAGACAUGGAACAAGAUAUCCAACGACCAAAGAUGUCCGGAAGAUGCAGAGGAUCUACGAUCAGGUCAAAUCUAGUGUCCCCAGCGAGGAGUGCUGGUUACGUGAGAUCCAGACUGAGUGGAAAAUGUGGUACACUGAAGACAUGGAUGGCCGUCUUGUCCAAAAAGGAGUGGAGGAUAACAAACAUCUGGCGGUCAGACUGUCUAAGUGGUUCCCCACACUGCUUACAGAGAAGAACCUUCACGCUGGGCUCAUUAAGUUCAUCACCAGCUCCAAACACAGAUGCAUCAACAGCACGUUGUCCCUCCAAGCAGGACUGAUCGAGCUUUGGGAUCUUAAAGAUAGAGAGCUGGGAUACACAGUGAAUGAUGGCCUGAUGAGGUUUUUUGACAAGUGCCCCAAGUUUCGACAGCAAGUUCUCAACAACCAGUCAGCUAUUGCAGAGGUGGACAAGUUCAAACACGGUCCAGAGAUGAGGAGGGUCCGGGAAAAGAUAGCAGGUCUCCUCGGAAUCCCCAGCCACAAUAUCUCAUACGAUAUGGCUGAUGCUGCAUUUUCCCUGUGUGCCUAUGAGCUAGCUAUCAAGGGUUUGAACUCACCAUGGUGUAAACUUUUUGACAGUUCUGAUGCCCAGGUCAUGGAGUACGCCAUUGACCUGCAGGAAUACUGGAAAAGAAGCUAUGGGUUUGAUAUCAACAGCAAGUCCAGUUGCAUUCUCUUCCAUGACAUGUUUAAUCGGCUGAGUGACGCAGCAACAAAGAACCUAUCUGGUCAGCCUUUGACUGCGGUGGUGACAAUCCAAGUGGGACAUGCAGACACGUUGCUGCCUCUGCUCACCCUACUGGGCUUCUUCAAAGACCAGGAAGCACUGACUUCUGCUAACUACUUUCAUCACAGUCAACGCAACUUCCGCACCAGCAUCUUUUUACCGUAUGCUGCCAACUUCCUCAUUGUUCUCUACAAAUGUGCGGAUGGAAACAUCAGAUUGCAAGCUCUUCUCAAUGAGAAACCAGUGAAUCUUCCAGGACUGAGUGGUCCACAUGCAUCAAUGCCCCUCCUCCAAGAUGUCAUGGACCUCUAUAGGGAAUUGUUGCAGACCUGUGAUUUUGAGAAGGAGUGUCAGCUGACCAGUUGAAGUACACAGAAAACAAAACAUCAUAAACAUUUAACACAGGACAAGUUGUUAGUUGUGGUCAUAUGGUCCAUACUGGCCAAUGGAACGUUUAAAACAAUAAAGGUAUAGCUUAGGAGACUUUAUGCAACUUGAUGUACCUGUAUGAUUGUAACGUAUGAUUGACACUAAAUGUA